UCGAGCAAGACUUGUACCACGAUGCCCAACAAGGCGCAGCUCUCCUGGUAUCCAAUACCGAUGGUGUUAGAGUGGAGGGAAUGCUUGGCGAUCGCCUGAGAAUAUCACCGAUGGAUACCACUGAACGAAAUUCUGGAGGAAACUUGGCGCAUCAAAUUUUUGAGGUAGACUUGAAACACCCAGGAGAGCAUGACAUGGAUGCAUUAUCAUCAAAUAAAUAUUUUGUUUCAACGAAUGUUUCAAAGCCCUCUAAUUUCAAAGCAGUGGAACGAGCACGGACAGAAAUAUUGGCCACAAUUAGGCCUGAGGUCCACCUGCUCAUAGACUCGGCGCUUACGGGAAAAUUUAAGAAAGCUUCUAGAGUCGCCAGAUAUUACGCCGUAUUCGCUGCUUUCGUGAAUUUGAAAUUUAAAACACUGGAAUAUUGGCUUGAUGUGCAGCUUGUGAUUACGAAAAUCACGACGUAUUCUAAAGGAAAAGACUCAUUCGUUAAGAAACCGAGAGGCAAUGAAAACAUUAUACUGAUAAGCACCCUAGACAGUCUAGAAAUAUUUAUGAAAAACAAGAAAGAGUCUAAGGACGAUGAUAUUGUAAUCUUGCUUACUGGGUUAGACAUCGCAGUGCCUUCCUCGGGAAGUGAUACAUUUCACUCGCAAGGCACAGCAGGUUACGCAUUCGUUGGUUCUGCGUGCACUUCAAAAAAGCUGGGCAUGGUGGAAGACGACGCCAACAUGUUCACUGGUACGCACACAUUCGUUCACGAGGUUGGACACGUUCUUGGUAUGUACCACGACGGAGACACUCGAGGAGCUCCAGAGUGCAAAUCAACUGGGGGAUAUAUUAUGGCUCCUUCGCAAGGCCUACAUAGUGUGCAUACAUUUUCAUGGUGCAGCUCGAAGCAGCUCUAUAUUUUUCUAAGCAAACCAGACGCAAACUGCCUGUCAUUUCAAACGAAGACGCCUGGAAAAGCCCUCCGUGCUGACGUGAUACUAAAACAGGCGGUUCCUCCGCAGAAGGUUUGUGAACUAAAACACAAAGGGGAACGAAUUACACAUAUUGAGACGUUCACAGGAAGUAAUGUAUACUAUGACCUGAAGCACUGUGAUAUCAUAUGCUAUAACAACAAUACCAAGUAUUUCCACUUCCAUGACGCUCCUGAUAACACCAACUGUUCCAAAAACGACCCGUCAUUGGUCUGCAUCAACAAAAAAUGUGAGAGGAUUCCCGCUGACGUGAAGAUCUACAGGAUAAGACCUACAAAAGGACAAUAA